ACAUACUUUUUGAACAUGCUAUAGAAAAUGAAUGAAAAUAAAUGCAUGUUUUUUUUCGAACAGUGUAGUAUUAUAAUGGCGAGAGUCCAUUAAAGUGAAUUGGUUUACAAUCGCUGAGCUCUAGUUUGUCUAGAUCUAUACUGAUGCGGUCGUGCCUAUGAGUACAGGGAGCGCGCAUUGCUAGCGCUGCGGUGAUCCUACCGAUGACUAGGAAGGAGAAUAAUCUGGGCGUUAAUGUUGACAACGCCGUGAGACGAUUGAUGUAACAGCUCUGGGAGAAGAACUGAAACCGGCACUAUAUUGUCCAGUGUUUCUUACAUGUCUGUCUCAUUUAUCAAACCUGCAUAGAUCAUAUUUUGCGACAGAGAAAAAGAGAAACAGAUUGACAGGACGAAGAAGACAUACGGAUGGAAUUCCCAGUUGCUAGCUAGAUGGAGAAGCCGAGAGGGUGGAAGAGUGUUGAUGUUGUAAAUUAUUAAAUAUUGUACGUUUAAAACAACAAACAUGCAUCUGCACCAGGUGCUAACAGGAGCUGUUAAUCCCGGGGACUGCUGUUAUUCGGUGGGAAGCGUUAAUUACAUUCCAUUCACGGCGUAUGGUUCAGGCUGUGAUAUAGUGAUCUUGGCAAGUGAUUUCGAGUGUGUGCAGAUCAUCCCUGGAGCUCAGCAUGGAAAUAUCCAGGUGGGAUGUGUGGAGUGCUCCCACGAGCUUGGCCGGAUCGCUGCAUCAUACGGAAACACUGUCUGCAUUUUUGAACCGGUCUCUACCAACCCAAACAAGAGACACAAGCAACUAAACUACCAAUGGCAGAAAACUGGACACUUUUUGCUCAAUGCCAUUACCUACAACCUGGCCUGGGACCCACAAGGCAACCGCAUCCUGGCGGCAACAGAGCGACUGCAGCUGUGGGCUCCACCCACUACUGACACACUGCUGGAGGAAGAGGAUGGUCAGAUCACUGAAGACAAACCGCAUCCCGUACUCAAUGACUGGAAGUGUGUGUGGCAGUGCAAGACUGCUGCUGCCAUACACAUAAUCAAAUGGUCUCCUGAUGGGGAGUACUUCGCCACAGUGGGGAAGGAUGACUGUCUGUUGAAGGUGUGGUACCCAGCUACAGGUUGGAAGUCAGCGAUGGUGAUCUCCGAGGUGCUGGACAGGAAAGCUCCACUGGUGCAUUUCUCUUUUGUCUACCUUGCGCACCCACGCACUGUUAUGGGCUUUUCCUGGAGGAAGACCAGCAAAUACAUGCCCAAGGGCUCAGUGUGUAACGUGUUAUUGACAUCAUGUGUGGACGGAAUCUGUCGCUUGUGGAGCGAGACCCUUUUGCCUGAGGACAGCCUGCUGGGGGGGCAGAUCACGGAGAACAGCACCAGCUUCAGCUCCUCUCUGCCCUGCAGUGGCCAGAAGGACAAGAUCCAGCAUGCCCUGGAGUCAAUUCACCACCUGAAACAGCUAAGGCGAGGUCGCAGGAGAUCAUCCGCUCUGGUGGCUCACACAGAGCUGCUUCCCAGCCAGCUCGGCUCACACGACACUCACCGGCACAUCACGCACCACGCCAAUGCCUUGUGCCACUUCCACAUCUCUGCCAGUAUCAACCCCAAUACAGACAUCCCAGCAACACUGGCCGGUUCGGGGCUCUUCUCCUCGAGUGAUGGCAGUGGGGGUUUUGUGGUGCAUUGGCUGAAUAAUAAAGACCUAAGCUUUACCUCCUCAAUGGACCAGUUCAUGCAUCAACUGCGCAAGCUCUCUGAGCAGCCCCUCGAACACACCACUGAAGACUUCAGACAGGAAGGCAUAGCCAAGUUUGACUUCGAUCUGGACGAUAUGUCUGAUAAGGCUUCAUCGGAGCAUGAUGAAGGUGAGCAGGAAGGCAGCACGAAGGCCUCUUCUCCUGGAUCAAGUGGCAGCAUGCCCCCACCCUCCGUUCUCCUGGACCGCAAAAUGGAGGCACUUACGCUGGAGUGGAACAAGAGCCCCGACAUGCUGUUUACCAUCCACCCUGCCGAUGGCUCCUUCCUUGUCUGGCACGUUAAGUACCUGGACGAAUUCAUUCCUGGAAUCUUCCGCCAGGUCCAGGUGGCAUUCUCUUCACGGAUCCCUGUAGCAUUCCCCACUGGUGAUGCGAAUUCUUUGAGUAAGAACAUAAUGAUGUACGCCUGCACUUUCUCCGAACGGAGCAGUGGAGCUGCUGCAGAGCAGGAUGGGAAGGAGUUUGAGGUUCUGCAGAGCGCGUCAGCUUCUGCCAACCUCAGCUCCCUUAGCCACUCGCUUGCUGCUGUCAUCGGACCUGCCGUGAUGAUGGUGUCCAAACACAUGGAUGGCUCACUCAACCAAUGGGCUGUCACCUUUGCAGAGAAGUCCGCCUUCUCCAACGUCCUCACGGUCUCGCACAAAUUCCGUUACUGUGGACACCGUUUUCAUCUCAACGACCUGGCCUGCCACACGGUCCUGCCCCUCCUGCUGACAUCAUCACACCACAACGCCCUGCUGACUCCACCCUCCGACCCUGGCAGCACAGGUGUUGACCAGGAUGGCGGGGCCACACGAGCCCUUCGGCCAAUCAAAGGCUUCCCUCCUAAGCAAAUGCGGAACGUGGCCACUCGCACAUUUCACGACCCGAAGGCAAUCUACAGCGAACUGAUCCUGUGGCGUGUGGACCACAUAGGCCCACUGUCCUGCACAGGGGGCGUAUCCGAGCUUGCCCGCAUCAACUCACUCCACACGUCCGCCUUCUCCAACGUCGCCUGGCUGCCCACCCUUGUCCCCAGCUCUGUGCUCGGGACAUACUGUAACUCGGCGAGUGCCUGUUUUGUGGCAUCAGACGGGCUGAACUUGCGGUUAUACCAGGCCGUCGUGGACGCCAGGAAGCUGCUAGAUGAACUGUCUGACCCCGAGACCUCUAAGUUGGUGGGUGAGGUGUUCAACAUUGUCAGUCAGCAGUCCACUGCUCGGCCCGGCUGCAUCAUUGAACUGGAUGCAAUCACUAACCAGUGUGGUUCAGCAACGCAGCUGCUCCAUGUCUUCCAGGAGGAUUUCAUUUUAGGAUACAAACCUCAAGAUGACCGCGCCGACAUGUAUGCCUCUGUCUCCCCUUCUGCUGGAGAGUAUCGCCCUCCUCCGUUCUCUGAGAAGUUUUUCCUGGUUGUGAUUGAAAAGGAUAAGAAUCGCAACUCGGUGCUACAGAUGUGGCAUCUGCAUCUGAAGUCAGUGCAGGCAUAUGUGGAGGAACCAACACAGGAACAGUUCUUUCAGAACCAGCUGACUGUUCCAAAUGCACUCAGUAAUCUGGACUCAUCUCCAGACACGACUCCGGGUCAGAGCCCUCUUCCUCGUUCCUCUUCCUCGGCUAAUCUGCAGUCUGCCAGUAAACUGAUCCUCAGCUCCAAACUUGUCUACAGCCAUAGACUGGAUCUACCCCCAGAUGUGGAAGUCAUCCGCGCUACACCUUCUGCAGGUCAUCUGAGUUCCUCCUCCAUCUACCCAGUCUGCCUGGCACCAUACCUGAUUGUCACCACCUGUUCAGAUGGGCGCGUUCGGUUCUGGAGGUGCGCUGUGGAGAUGGACCAGUCUGCAGUGGCAGGCACAGAAGAGUCGCGCUUGUACCACUGGGAGCCAUGGUGCCUCCUUAACGACGAGGAGGACAACAACAGCUCUCUAACCGUUUCCGGGCGUCCCAUCGCCGUCAGCUGCUCCUACACGGGUCGCCUUGCCGUGGCGUUCAAGCAGCUGGUGCUCAGCGAUGAGGGCGGAGCCUCCCGAGACUUCUCCAUGCAUGUGUCUAUCUAUGAAUGUGAGUCAACAGGUGGGUCUGAGUGGGUUCUGGAGCAGAUCAUCCACCUGGAUGACUUCAGCAAGCCUGUAAAUACCCUGGACCCCAGAGUAAGUGUGGACAGCAACCUGGUGGUGUACAGCAAGUCUGACCUGUUUGUAAACAAGGACAGCCCCAACAUCAAGCAUUUUGUGCACCUGGACUGGCUCUCCAAGGAGGAUGGGUCACACAUCCUGACUGUGGGGGUGGGUUCUAACAUCCUCAUGUACGGGCGCGUCUCGGGCAUCGUCUCUGAGCAGACCAGCGGUAAGGAUGGCAUGGCAGUCAUCACACUGCCACUGGGGGGCAGUGUAAAACAAGGUGUGCGGUCACGGUGGGUCUUGUUGCGGGCGGUGGACUUGGUCUCCUCAGUAGACGGGACCCCGUCCCUGCCAGUGUCUCUCUCCUGGGUGCGGGAUGGAAUCCUUGUGGUAGGCAUGGACUGCGAGAUGCACGUUUAUGCUCAGUGGUACCAGGAUAAAAAGCCUAGUGACAUCGAUGCCGGCGGUCCCGGCUCUCCCGACGAAGGUCUGGCUGUACGCGCCGCCUCUGUGUCAGCCGAGGCACGUGGGCGAUCCAAGAGCGUGUUUGACAGCAGUGCCGGCAUGGACGACGUAUUUCGUGUGCCGGCGGUGAUCCAAGACGGCGGGCUGUUCGAGGCGGCGCACUCACUCUCGCCCACCCUCCCGCAGUACCAUCCCACCCAGCUGCUGGAGCUAAUGGACCUGGGCAAGGUGCGGUGGGCGAAGGCCAUCCUAUCGCAUCUGGUCAAGUGCAUCGCCGGGGAGGUUGCUGUGGUCCGUGAUGUGGAGGCAGGCGAGGGGGGCACUCGGAGGCACCUAUCGCGCACCAUCAGUGUGACGGGGAGCACCGCGAAGGACAUCGUUGUUGCUGGACGUGAUGGCGGCCGUGACUACACCGAGAUCAACUCCGUACCACCGCUCCCACUCUAUGCCCUGCUCUCCGCCGACCUGGACACCUCCUACAAGGCGGCAGAAGAGGUGGGGAAAGGAGUCAAAGGCCAGGAGCAGGAGGCGCAGAAGUCCACGGACGAUCAGUACGCUGACCUAUUCCAGGUGCCCACUGUCACCACGGAUGACUUCAUGAGUUUUGCGUCGGAGAAGCCAGAGAAGAAGACGCGUGUGGUCAACCUCUCGCAGUACGGUCCUACUUACUUCGGCCCAGAGCAUGCACAGGUCCUUUCCUCCCACCUGAUGCACUCCAGCCUGCCUGGACUCACCCGCCUCGAGCAGAUGUUCCUUGUGGCACUCGCUGAUACCGUGGCAACCACCAGCGCAGAGGUGCGAGGAGCCACUGGUAAGCAGUACACAGGUGGGGAGGCUCUUGAUGAGUGUGGUCUGCGGUACCUGCUAGCAAUGCGAUUGCACACCUGUCUGCUUACCUCUCUGCCCCCUCUCUAUAGGAUCCAGCUACUGCAUCAAGGUGUCUCUACAUGUCACUUUGCGUGGGCGUUCCAUUCGGAAGCUGAGGAGGAGAUGCUGAACAUGAUCCCAGCCAUGCAGAGAGGAGACCCACAGUGGUCUGAGCUCCGUGCUGUUGGCGUUGGAUGGUGGAUCCGAAACAUCAACACACUCAGGCGGAUGGUGGAGAAGGUGGCCAAAGCUGCAUUCCAGCGGAAUAAUGAUCCUCUGGAUGCGGCUCUGUUUUAUUUGGCCAUGAAGAAGAAGGCUGUGCUCUGGGGUCUUUUCAGGUCUCAGCACGAUGAGAAGAUGACCCAGUUUUUCAGCCAUAACUUCAGCGAGGACCGCUGGAGGAAGGCGGCACUGAAGAAUGCCUUCUCGCUGCUGGGGAAACAGCGCUUCGAACAGUCAGCAGCCUUCUUCCUGCUCGCUGGCUCACUCAAAGAUGCCAUCGAGGUGUGUUUGGAGAAAAUGGAGGACAUUCAGCUGGCCAUGAUUGUGGCCCGCCUGUACGAGGCCGACUUCGAGAGCUCAUCCACCUGCCAGGGAAUCCUGUACGAGAAGGUCCUGGGCUGCAACAGAGACGGACAGGGCUUCUCCUGCACCAGGCUGCACCCAGAUCCAUUCCUGAGGAGCAUCGCCUUCUGGAUCAUGAAAGACUACACCCAGGCCCUGGACACGCUGCUGGAGCAGACUCCCAAAGAGGAUGACGAGAACCCAGAUGUGAUGGUGAAAUCUUGCAACCCCAUGGUGUUCAGCUUCUACAACUACCUGCGCACGCACCCACUCCUCAUCCGCAGGCAUUUUGCGUGGCCCGACAGCUCUGUGGCCACAGUGGGGCUGACAUCAGAUCGUGGCAGUGUUGACGAGAUCAACCUGAUCGAGCGCAAGCUCUUCUUCACCACGGCCAAUGCCCAUUUCAAGGUGGGCUGCCCUGUGCUGGCCCUCGAGGUGCUGUCCAAGAUCCCCAAGGUGACCAAAAAAGCCUCGUCCUUCAGCAAGGGCUCAUCCCCGGCCAAUGGGAGUACGCCGCAGACGCAGAAUAGGUCCGGCCGAGACACCAACCUGGGCUGGGCCGCGCCGGUGUCCAGCCAGGCCUGGGGGACUGGAGACACCGUCGCAGACCUGGAUUGGAGUCAGCCCAUGAUGAAGAGUGAAGACGAAGGUCUGCAGCUCGAUUGGGGUGACGACAAGGACGAUGAGGAGGAAGAGGGGGAAGGACUGACGAUGAAGAAGCCAGAGACAGAGCCAAAGAGUGGGGAGGUGGAGCCGGGCAUGUGGAGGGAGGAGUUGGCAGGUGAGGCAGAGGUGGACGUGAUCGCAGAGCAGCUGAAGUUCCGCGCAUGCCUGAAGAUCUUGAUGACGGAGCUGCGUACACUGGCCACAGGCUAUGAGGUGGACGGUGGAAAACUCCGCUUUCAGCUCUACAGUUGGCUGGAGAAGGAGAUUGAGGCGAUGCACCGCAUCUGCAAUUACAAGGUGGAAGGUAAGGAACCUGCAGUGGAGCUGGAGAAAUGGAGAGAUGGCUCAUUUGAUCUAGAUGAAUCACAAGAUACGAGUGACACAGGCACAUAUGAACGCCACCAGCUGGAGAGACGCAGACUGCAGGCAAAACAGCUGCAUGCCGAGAGGCGCAAGGCUUGGCUGAGGAAGAACCAGGCCCUGCUCCGAGUCUUCCUCAGUUAUUGCACCCUACACGGAGCCAAGGGCGGAGGGGUCACCUCCGUCAGGAUGGAGCUGCUCUUCCUGCUGCAGGAGUCACAGCAGGAGACGACCGUAAAGCAAUUACAGUCUCCCCUGCCACUGCCCACCACGCUGCCCCUGCUGUCUGCCAGUAUUGCCCCAACCAGGACGGUCAUAGCCAACCCUGUGCUGCACCUGUGCAACCACAUCGAUGACAUCCUCUAUGCUAUAGUACAGAUGGAGUCUCCACCACACCCUGAUGUACUGGAUGACAGGGUGAUUGCUCUUCACACUCAGGCUGCUUCUCUCUCUGCCUGUAUUUAUCAAGCACUGUGUGACAGCCACAGCUACAGCAGCCAAACAGAGGCGAAUCAGUUCACAGGGAUGGUGUAUCAGGGGCUGCUCCUGAGCGACAGGCGAAGACUUCGUACAGAAAGCAUCGAGGAGCAUGCCACACCCAACUCUGCCCCUGCACAGUGGCCAGGUGUAGCAUCUCUCAUCAGCCUGCUGGCGUGUGCCCAGGGUGAGGACCAUCCCCGCCUCAGUGUCAUGCUGUGUGAGGCCGUGGUGGCCGUCUACCUCAGCCUGCUUCUGCACGGACUCGGCACACACUCCAGCAACGAGCUGUUCCGGCUGGCCGCCCACCCCCUCAACACCCGCAUGUGGGCAGCUGUGUUCGGCGGAGGGGCCAAGCUCAUCGUCAAGCCCAAGCGCCCAGCCGACAUCUCCCCAGCAGCCCUGCCCCCGACCCCUCCUGCUGAGGACGUGGACCGGCAGCGGCGGCGAUUCAACAUGCGCAUGUUGGUGCCUGGCCGGCCCGUGAAGGAGACGCAAGCCACGCCCCCUCCCAUCCCAGCCGAGCGCCCCACCUACAAGGAGAAAUUUAUCCCUCCUGAGCUCAGCAUGUGGGAUUACUUUGUUGCCAAACCUUUCCUGCCCAUUUCAAACAGUGGAGCACUGUACGACUCCGAUGAAAGUGGUGCCAGCGAUGAUGAGGAUGAAGAUGCCUUCCUCUCUAAUACUCAAAUGACGGAGCACAGCAAUCCUAACUCAUAUAGUUGGUGUCUGAUCCGUAUGGUCAUGGUAAAACUGGCUCUUCACAAUGUUAAGACAUUCUUACCCAUCGCAGGACUGGACUUUACAGACCUGCCCGUGACCUCUCCACUGUGUAAUGCCGUGCUGAAGUCUCUGGAGAACUGGGAGCAGCUGCUUCUCGAUAAGAUGAACAGCUUCGAUGGUCCUCCACCCAACUACAUCAACACCUACCCUGCGGACGGAUCUGUGGGCGCAAGCCCUGCCGCCCUGCGCCAGAAGGCCAUGCUGGAGCCAGACAACACGCCUUUCAGGGCAAAGCACCACCUCUCCUUCCCCACCCGGCGUCUGUGGCAUUUCUUGGUGAAACAGGAAGUCCUGCAGGAGACUCUUAUCCGCUAUAUCUUCACCAAGAAGAGGAAGCAGAGUGAGUGUUUAGAGGGCCAUAUGGAGUACCUCACACAAAACUGCAUAGCAGGGACUCACAAAGUGAACAAGGUGGAAGCUGAUCUCGGAUAUCCCGGAGGGAAGGCUAAAAUUAUCCACAAGGAGUCAGACAUUAUCAUGGCGUUUGCCAUCAAUAAGGCUAACCCCAGUGAGAUCGUGCUGGCCUCCACUCAUGAUGUCCAGGAGGUGGACGUGUCCACUCUGCUAGCCACCCAGCCAUACACCUGGAUUGGCGAGGAGUUUGAUAAGGAGUCACGCAGCUCUGAUGAUGAUUAUCGCUCCUCCCACACCAACAUUGCCCAAGCCAGCACUGGACCAUUUGCCCCUCACCCAAUGCCAGUCUCCGCCUCUAUGCCCUGGCUUGGCAGUGGACUGACCAGCAUGGGCGCCAGCGUGAUUGUGAAAAGAAACUUGAACAAUGUGAAGAGAAUGACCUCCCAUCCUAUAUACCAAUAUUAUAUGACUGGAGCUCAAGAUGGAAGCGUAAGGAUGUUUGAGUGGAAUCGUCCACAGCAACUCAUCUGCUUCCGACAGGCAGGAAAUGCCAGAGUCACACGCCUUUAUUUCAACUCGCAGGGCAACAAGUGUGGAGUGGCAGAUGGCGAAGGCUUUUUAAGCCUGUGGCAAGUCAAUCAAGCCUCAUCAAACCCCAAGCCAUAUUUGAGUUGGCAAUGUCACAGUAAAACAUGCGGGGACUUUGCGUUCAUCACGUCCUCCAGCCUUAUCGCAACUGCGGGUCACUCCAACGACAGCAGGAAUGUUUGCCUUUGGGACACACUGAUUUCACCCAGUAACAGCAUGGUGCACGCCUUCCCCUGCCAUGAGAAUGGCGCCACAGUCCUGCAGUACGCACCAAAGCAGCAGCUGAUCAUUUCAGGAGGGAGGAAGGGCUUCAUCUGCAUCUUUGACAUCCGGCAGAGGCAGCUGCUGCACACUUUCCAGGCCCACGACUCCACCAUCAAAGCACUCGCCAUGGACGCCAGCGAGGACUUCUUCAUCACCGGCUCAGCCGAGGGCAACAUGAAGGUUUGGAAGUUAACGGGCCAUGGCCUGAUGCACUCCUUCAGCAACGAGCAUGCCAAGCAAUCCAUCUUCCGCAACAUCGGAGCGGGCGUGAUGAAGAUCGAGACUCGUCCCGGCAACCGCAUCUUCACGUGCGGCGCUGAUGGCACGCUGAAGAUGAGAGUGCUCCCCGACCGCUACAGUAUCCCCGCCAGCAUAUUCGACAUUCUGUAAACACACCGCCAUGUUGAGGAGACACAGCAGAAGCUCUCGAACAGCAACCCUGCUCGUCUUUUCAGCUGGAAACCACGACAGACAAACUUUGCGUGACUUUUUUUUUCUUUUUUUAAAUUAACAAAGCGUGAAAGCGUAUGUGAAGUCACGCUCGUGACCGUUAUGAUUACUGUAACUGAGCGAGCACUGGGCCCAGGUGCAGACUCGUCAUUUAGGUUGUUUAUCAUAGGAAAGCUAUGCAUGUGUGAACUCGUUACUGCAGUACUUCCACAAGGUUGUUGAUUGUGCUACGUAAAAGUGCUCAAUGCAGACAUUUUUAAGUGUGUAUCUGUUGUCAUGUUGUGCCCGCGGCUGAUCAAUUUUAGCAUCUUUAUCUACCAGCACUGUGCUUCAGUAUCCAGUCGGUGAUCUCUGCUGUGAAUCAGAUUGUUGGCUCUGACUUUUAUUUAUUUGUCUCAUCAGCUGCUCAUACCCUGUAGCGUUUGACAUGGCACGGGGCGCCGCCCACACCCAGCAGAUCAGGGUGUUCAUAUAAACCUGUCUCACUCUCUAGCUGCUGAUAAAAACAUCUCACUGAGUUUCCCUAUAGCUAUAGACAAAAGCCCCCUCACCCCUGUAACUGCUGUCGAACACAUCUUGCUCUCCUCCCUAGCUUUGGUUAAUGCCAUUUUUCCCCUAUUACCUUGCCCUGCAGCUGCAGGUAAUCCUGUCCCUAUCUGCGACACAUUUCCCUCUGGUCCUAAUGGUUGCUGAUUAGCCUGUCUCUCUGUCCUGUUAGGAAAUGCCUGCUUGACUAGCAGCUGCACUGAAGCCACAUCCCAUCGUGAGGAGGUUGUGUUCCCUUCUGCAGUGAUCUAAGAUGUUUUUACGGUUUUAUUUUUCAAACGCUGAGACCAGAGACAUAGUUUCAAAUGUUGCACAAAGUGUUUAUUUAUUACUGUUGUUCUUUUUAACAUGCGGUUAGGUUUUUUUUUU